GGUGUGAUGGGAUAGCCUUCUAGUUCUGCCUUGGGACCCGCCCCCCGUCCCCUGCGCGCUCCUCGGCGCAGGGAGGUCCCGCCCCGCGUGCGGGACGCGGCAAAAUGGUGGUAGCAGAGGAGGCGAGCGGAGGGUUUCCCGCAGCAGGUUUCUGACAGUCAGACUCGUCCGCAAGAACUCAACUGGCAAGGCUGCUUUUCUGUGCUAAAACUGGGGAGCUGGUGGGCACCAUGAAGAUCUUCUGCAGUCGGGCCAAUCCGACCACGGGGUCUGUGGAGUGGCUGGAGGAGGACGAACACUAUGAUUACCACCAGGAGAUUGCAAGGUCCUCCUAUGCAGAUAUGCUACAUGACAAAGACAGAAAUGUAAAAUACUACCAAGGUAUCCGGGCUGCCGUGAGCAGGGUGAAGGACAGAGGACAGAAGGCCUUGGUUCUCGACAUUGGCACUGGCACGGGACUCUUGUCAAUGAUGGCGGUCACAGCAGGCGCCGACUUCUGCUACGCCAUCGAGGUUUUCAAGCCUAUGGCUGAUGCUGCUGUGGAGAUUGUGGAGAAAAAUGGCUUUAGUGAUAAGAUUAUGGUUAUCAACAAGCAUUCCACCGAGGUGACUGUAGGUCCAGAGGGUGACAUGCCAUGCCGUGCCAACAUCCUGGUCACAGAGUUGUUUGACACAGAGCUGAUCGGGGAGGGGGCGCUGCCCUCCUAUGAGCACGCACACAGGCAUCUCGUGGAGGAAAAUUGUGAGGCCGUGCCCCACAGAGCCACCGUCUAUGCACAGCUGGUGGAGUCCAGGAGGAUGUGGUCGUGGAACAAGCUGUUUCCCAUCCGCGUGCAGACCAGCCUCGGAGAGCAGGUCAUCGUCCCUCCUGUGGACCUGGAGAACUGCCCUGGCGCACCCUCUGUCUGUGACAUUCAGCUGAACCAGGUGUCACCAGCCGACUUUACAGUCCUCAGUGAUGUGCUGCCCAUGUUCAGCAUAGACUUCAGCAAGCAAGUCAGUAGCUCAGCAGCCUGCCAUAGCAGGCAAUUUGAACCUCUGACGUCUGGCCGAGCUCAGGUGGUUCUCUCGUGGUGGGACAUUGAAAUGGACCCUGAGGGGAAGAUCAGGUGCACCACGGCCCCCUUCUGGGCACACUCAGACCCAGAGGAGAUGCAGUGGCGGGACCACUGGAUGCAGUGUGUGUACUUCCUGCCACAAGAGGAGCCUGUGGUGCAGGGCUCAGCGCUCUGCCUGGUAGCCCACCACGAUGACUACUGCGUGUGGUACAGCCUGCAGAGGACCAGUCCUGAAAAGAAUGAGAGAGUCCACCAGAUGCGCCCCGUGUGCGACUGCCAGGCUCACCUGCUCUGGAACCGGCCUCGGUUUGGAGAGAUCAAUGAUCAGGACAGAACUGAUCGAUACAUCCAGGCUCUGAGCACCCUUGCCAACAGGAAUCUUCUGGCAAACUGGAGGAAGCCCUGUGCUGAGAUUGCCCGUUCCCCGCAGGUGCUGAAGCCAGACAGCGUGUGCCUGUGUGUCAGCGAUGGCAGCCUGCUCUCCGUGCUGGCCCAUCACCUGGGGGUGGAGCAGGUAUUUACAGUCGAGAGCUCAGCAGCUUCUCACAAACUGUUGAGAAAAAUCUUCAAGGCUAACCACUUGGAAGAUAAAAUUAACCUCAUAGAGAAACGGCCGGAAUUAUUAACAAGUGAGGACCUGAAGGACAGAAAGGUCUCUCUCCUCCUGGGCGAGCCAUUCUUCACUACCAGCCUGCUGCCCUGGCACAACCUCUACUUCUGGUACGUGCGGACCGCUGUGGACCGGCACCUGGGGCCAGGCGCCGUGGUGAUGCCCCAGGCGGCCUCGCUGCACGCUGUCAUUGUGGAGUUCAGGGACCUGUGGCGGAUCCGGAGCCCCUGUGGUGACUGCGAAGGCUUCGAUGUGCACGUCAUGGACGACAUGAUUAAGCGUGCCCUGGACUUCAGGGAGAGCAGGGAGGCUGAGCCCCACCCACUGUGGGAGUACCCGUGCCGCAGCCUCUCAGAGCCCCAGCAGAUCCUGGCCUUUGACUUCCGGCAGCUGGUGCCCCCACGGCCCCUGUGUGCCGAGGGCACCAUGGAGCUCAGGAGGCCUGGGAGGAGCCACGCAGCAGUGCUGUGGAUGGAGUACCACCUGACACCGGAGUGCACGCUCAGCACUGGCCUCCUGGAGCCUGCAGACCCCGAGGGAGGCUGCUGCUGGAACCGCCACUGCAAGCAGGCUGUCCACUUCUUCAGCCCUGUCCCGGAUCCCAGAGCACCGCUGGGCAGCCCGCAGACGGUGUCUGGCCUCAGUGCUGCACCAGCUGGUAGCCUGCCAGGACCUGAGACUGGACACAAGGCAGCUGUCCCAGAGCAGUUACUGAGAUGCAGACCCAGGAAAGUGGCUGUCGGGAGCUGGGAGGCAGCCCUGUUCCCUGCACCGUCCUCGGAUUGGAAAGCCCCUCCUGCAGCUCUCAGGUAACAGCAGACACCAAGUGAGAACCCGGUGAGUGGCCUCUGGCUCACAGCUCAGGAGGUGAGGCUUGUGCCAGGCCAACCGAGCUGCCUGUAUGAACAGAGUUCCGGUGUCCUCGGAUUUAGGCAGACUUGGGCAGCUCCUGUCCUGCAGCUGGAGGCAGGACCUCUAUCCUCUGCCCCCAGGCGUGCCCCUGAGGCCUGGCCCCAGCUUGUCGCUGAAAUAAGUGGAGAACACCAGCCUUGAGCCUCACAGUUUUAUUUUCUCCUCGUUAUCCAUCCUUCCUUUCAGCACCAAUAAGGAAAAAGAACACCUCUCUUCUCAAAAUAUUUUAUCAGGUGUCAAGAUUUGUUUUUCUUCUAGGGAAGAACCGUCUGGAUAUAUAUUUGAUAAUGUUACCAAAACCUUAGGUGUGCUUACCAUAGAAAACCCCUAAUGUCCCGUGAAGAUACAAUACAGAAAAAAUACAGAAAUUAAAAAA